GUCAACGGCCGCGACUCAGCCACCACAUAGCUGCGGCAGCAGAUUGGAGCUAUGGUCCCUACCCGGCAGGGACCGACUGGCCUGUGGCGCAGGGAGCAUACUCAGACCCACGGGCAGCUCCCCCCGGCGCACGGCCGCGCCCUUCACCUGCGCCUGAGAGGCCCCCGGACGGCCCCUGCACAAGCUACGACGGGGGCCAGGGUGUGCAAGACUCCGACCCGCUGUCAGAAAUUGCCCGAGUGGUGGUGGACGCAGUCGCUGGCUUUCUUUCCGCCGUGGUUGGCACCCUUUCCAAUUGGGUAUUGUCGCUGCUGCCCUCACACGUCAAACGCCGCGCGGUAGAGAACAGCGUGAAGGGUGCUAUGGCGCUGCUGGGUAUGGCACUGCUGCAAAGUGUCUUAUCGUUCAUCCUGACUGUGGGAACAGUCGUGCUGGCGGUGUACACAGCACACCAGGUGUUCGGGCUGCAGGUGCCGUUCCUGUCGGGAGGCGGGCGCCCGGACAGAGGCGGCAUCGGCCCGGAAGCAGGCGCGAUGCGGAUUGCCGCAAACCACGACACGUCCCCUAGCCCCGGGGCAUUGUGUGCUGGCUUUGCGGCCCCGCACAGCCCGGUAGUGGUGCAGGCCCUGGGGUGGAUCCACGGCUGUACGGCAAUGCUGUGCCGCCAUAUCCGGGGUACGGCCCGUACCAACAGGGUUACGAUAGAUACUCUGGAUACGGCGGUCAAGGCCAACCCUACCCUUCGCGGCCCAGAGCUGCCGACAGCAAAUGGACUCAGGGUCGAGCAUCCACUGAACCACUUGUUUGUUGAAGGCCGUUCCUGUAAGAUUUUCAGGAACUCAGAGCAACAUCAAAACCUUGAAAACGGGAUUGGCUUGAUUCCGUGGGGAAAUGGUGGCACUCUCAUCGACCGAUUUGACGGGCGUGCACUUCUGGACUUCUACAAGGAACCCGAUGCUUCAGCUUGGACGCGGCCCAAGAACCCGCAGGAGGAAAAGCUAGAGCAGGUGUUGUUGCGGGACAAGCUGGGUUGGCAGCGCUCUGGCCGCAAUGCCUGUGAACAUGUGCAAAACGUCCAGACGCAGUCGCUGCGCUUUGAGAGCUUUCGGGAUGCGGUUCGGCUGGUGGGCAAGGGGCUGACUGAGCCGGAGGGUCUGGCAUUCGCCCGACAGGAGAAUAUUGAGAUACGGGCCGCCAUGAGGGCGGCGGCCACGGCGGCAGCGGCGGCCGCAGCUGGGCAGCGCCACCCGCCACCCCUGGGCAUUGCUAUGCCGGCGACGGGCACGGGCGUGUUUGCCGCCGUCGGCUUCAACUACGGCGGCAACGCUGGUGGUAGCGGCUCCGCCGCGGGGGCCGGUGAUAGCAGCAGCUGCUCCUCAGACAGCGAUGAUGACGACGAUAGCGAUGAUGAGGAUGUGGAAGGGGCCAGUGAAGACGCCGAUGCGGGGCAGGAGGCGGAGGACGACCGCAUUGAUGAUAUCGCGGAACAGUACGGCCUCACCGAUUUUUCCUACCGCCUCCACCGGACGCUGCAGCAGGAGGGCGAGGACGAGGCGCGGAUGCGGAAGCCACCCAGGCGCCGUGUGAGCCGCAAGAACGCCCGAGAGCGGGCCCGGCGGAUGGCGGGUAUGGGUCUGGACCCCACCGGCGCGCCCAUCGGCCCCGCCAGGGACUGGACACAGCCGCCCCCCAGGUCGGCCGCUCAGGACAACAUCCGUAUCCUGCCGCCCAGGCCUGCCCGCGACGCUGCAGAUGACGGCGGCCACCGGCGCAGGCGCUCCAGAUCCAGAUCCAGAUCGCGCUCACGUACUCGUUCGCGGUCGAGGUCGCCGGGGAGGCACCGCUACACGGAAAGCGGUCGUACACAAUACAUUACGGAGUUCUCGUCCGCCUUGGCUCCCGGAUCUCGCGGGGUUACCAGCGGCCGGGCGGGGCCCAGCGGCGGGUCCGGCGGUGUGGCUGCCGCGCUGGUGCAGCAGCAGCUGGCGGCAAACCGGCCCUCCAUCGACAGGUCUAUGUUUGAGCGCGAGGAGGCCAUUCUGGAUGCGUUGCCCGACAUGCCCGACCCCGCGGCCUUGGGCGCGCAACCCAUCCCUCUGCCGCCCACUAGCGUCCAAGCGAUACGAGCGGCCGCUGCGGAGGGAGGCCGCCGGGAUGGCCGAACCGGGGGCGGCGGAGGAGGCGGAAGCCGCCGGGAGCGCGAACGUGACGAACGGGAACGGGAACGGGAGCGGGAGCGCAACUACCAUGGCUACAGCUACCGCCGUCGCUACGAGCACUCCCGGAGGAGUAGCCGAAGCCAAAGCCGGAGUAGAAGCCGAAGCAGGAGCCGGGAGCGGGAACGGGAUCGUGACCAGGACCGCGAUAGCCGGGACCACGAGCGACCCAGCGGCAGUAGCGAGGCCGACCGGCUCCGUGACCGGCAGCGAUCGGGCUCCGGCACGAGCACCUCGGGUUACGGGGCGCCCAAGGGAACGAUGCCUGGCGGCGGUGCGACUGCGGGAGGUCGAGUUACGGCAGCUGGCGGGAGCGGCCCCGCGGGCGCCGCGGCCGUCAAGGAAACUCCCCAGGAGCGGUUGAAGCGCAUCAUGGCCGCCCAGCUGAACAAGCAGGCGCAGAAGGACCACUUGGUGGCAGCACAGAGGAAGCUGCAGGUGGAGAAGGAGAAGGAGGCUCGUCAGGCUCUGGAGAGGGUGGUCAUGCGCCGCUCGCCCUCGCCGCCUGCGAGAGACAGGGAGCGGGACAGGGACAGGUCCGAUUACGACUCGUACCGCAGGAAGCAGCAGCGCAGCACGGCUGAAUUCCAGCAAUGCCAGGGGUCGAUCGAGGUCUCGAUCUCGAUCUCAGUCACCGAGGGGAGGUGGAGCCGGGUCCCGACGGCGUAG